AUGCUGGAAACAGAAAUCAAGAAUUGGUACCGCGAGCACUAUCUCAUAUCAACAGAACCUGGACUCAUCCAGAUUGAUCAGGUCAGCGCGGCAUUUAAUUCGGAUGUAGCAUGUUGGGCGAAUAGUCUGCCAAUAGACGCUUUGAAGAAGACAUUGCGCAACUCGCUCUGUCUCGGUCUAUACGCCCUUCCUGAGUCUACGUCUGAAAGUGCGAGUAAAUCCUUGAGGCAGGUUGGCCUCGUCAGGAUUAUAACAGAUGAUGUGACUUUUGCUUAUAUGACGGACGUCUAUGUCUUGCCAGAGCACCAGAGCAAAGGUCUGGGACGGUGGCUACUUGGAUGCGUGGACGAGCUCAUCAAGAACUGGCCGCACUUGAGACGGCUCAUGUUCUUGACAGACGAGCAAAUGCCUUUCUAUCGAAAAACCAUUGGGGCUAAAGAGUGGUCUGAACUUGGUAUGUCUGACAUCAAGAUUGGCGUGGUCCGGGGCGUUGGAUCAUCGAAACAUGGCUAG